CCCCAGAGCACUACUCCUUUGUGACUUCACCCACUGAAGUCACCCCAGAGACAGUGCUGAGUGUUCCAUGCUAGAGUCUUGGCCUCUUAGGAGGCAGAGACAACAGGCCUGGCCAGCUCAGAGGACUCUCUGUCCAUAGUGUAAAUGAGGACGCUGCUGGCCCAUGUCUGGCAGGGAUGUAGAGGGCAGCCUCAGAGGCACUGGGCACUCCCGGCACCAUGGAUGACGCUGCCGUCCUCAAGCGACGAGGCUACAUCAUGGGGAUAAACUUGGGAGAGGGCUCAUAUGCCAAAGUCAAAUCCGCUUACUCUGAGCGCCUAAAGUUCAACGUGGCGGUCAAGAUCAUCGAUCGCAAGAAAGCCCCCACGGACUUCCUGGAGAAAUUCCUUCCCCGGGAGAUUGAGAUCCUGGCCAUGCUAAACCACCGCUCUAUUGUCAAGACCUAUGAGAUCUUUGAGACAUCAGAUGGCAAGGUCUACAUUGUCAUGGAGCUUGGGGUGCAGGGUGACCUCCUUGAAUUCAUCAAAACCAGAGGAGCCCUGCAAGAGGAUGAUGCUCGAAAGAAGUUCCACCAGCUCUCCUCCGCCAUCAAGUACUGCCAUGAUCUGGAUGUCGUCCACCGAGACCUCAAGUGCGAGAACCUUCUGCUUGACAAGGACUUCAACAUCAAGCUGUCUGACUUCGGCUUCUCCAAGCGCUGCCUGCGGGAUGAUAGUGGUCGACUGACAUUAAGCAAGACCUUCUGUGGGUCAGCAGCUUAUGCAGCCCCUGAGGUGCUGCAGGGCAUCCCCUACCAGCCCAAAGUAUAUGACAUCUGGAGCCUGGGUGUGAUCCUCUACAUCAUGGUCUGUGGCUCCAUGCCCUAUGACGACUCCAACAUCAAAAAGAUGCUGCGAAUCCAGAAGGAGCACCGUGUCAACUUCCCACGCUCCAAACACCUGACUGGUGAGUGCAAGGACCUCAUCUACCGCAUGUUACAGCCAGAUGUCAACCGGCGGCUACACAUUGAUGAGAUCCUCAGCCACUGCUGGGUGCAGCCCAAGGCACGAGGUCUGUCCUCUGGAGCCAUCAACAAAGAGGGGGAAAGCUCCCGGGCCACUGAGCCCUCAUGGAACCCUGAACCCACUGGUGCUGAUAAGAAGUCUGCCACCAAGUUGGAGCCUAGAGAAGAGGCCCAACCUGAGACAAAACCCCAGGAAGACACUGUGCAAGUGGCCAGGCAGUCAGAGACCCUAGGCCUCAGCAGUGAACUGAACAGGGAGACAGAGGAAGGGUACGCCCAACAGCCUUCUGAGACACAUACCUAGUAUGCCUCUUGCAGCCCAGGGGGCCAGCAGGGAAUGAGGCAGAGCUCAUGGCUUGAAGCCUGAGCCUAAAAGUCAAGGGAUGAGAGAGAGAAGGAAGACAAUCCCGGAUGAGCUGCUAUUUUCGUCACUUUCUUCUCCCCCCCUUUGAACUUGGUAACUCACAUGGCUAAAGAAGCAAUAAAUCCCUAUAUUGGUGCAGACCCUA